AUGGGAAAGGGACGCAACAACAAGUCGAGCAAGAAGACAGGGAAUGGCGAUCAAAGAAAGGAGACGGGAGCGAACGUACCUGACGUACAUGUGCCGGACGCUGUUGGACAUGGCCGGUCUACCACUCCAGGGACCCCUGCUGUGAUCGAUCCCUUCGAGGACCUGCUCGACCUGCGGAACAAUGAAGACAAUGCUGACGACUCUGGUGACGGCGACGCUAAUAGUGAAGAAGGAUCCGGAGCCAAGGACCAGAAGUCAGAAGGGGAAGCUGCUGCUACUGCUGGAGACAACAAGAACGAUGACGAGGAGGAUUUGUCAGACCCGGUCCCUGACGAUGAGGAUGAUGGGUAUUUGAGCGACGACUCGGACGAACAUCUCGAACCUGCUUCGCUUACUAGUGCUUUAGCUUUAAAACGUUUCUCACUAACCUUGCUGGUGCCGAUCUUCAGGAAAGCGGAAGUCAAACGUGCUGCGGAUCUCACGGCAACAUACUUCUCCGGCAACCGCUACGGCCGGCUGCAGGUCACCUUCAACCAUGUCAGAGAUGCGAACUAUGUCUGGAACCAAGUCAUCAAGCACGAAUGUGUGAACGGAGACAUCAUCGAUCUCACCUGGCAGUUCCCGGAAGAUGCACGCUUUCUCCGCGAGUGUGUUAUGAACCCUUUGGCGCAGGAGGUUGCCGUCAAGGGAGUGCCAGCCGAGAUCACUGCUGAGCUUGUCCGUCAUCUGCUGGUGGUGUCAAAGCUGGUUAAGCAUGGCAGGAGUGCUUUCGCCUAUGGUUUUGGCUUUCACCGUACGCUGGACCCGGUCACCGGGCUUGACACUGAUCGUAUUCGUGGCCUGGUUAUCCCCCAUGCUGAUGAUGAGUACCGCUGGAGAUACUUCGUGGAGGACCCGACGACGAAGAAGCGCUACCUGCUCCAUUACCCGUCACUCACCUGCGAGCUUUGCAGUGGUCCGCAUCUGUCUCGCUACCAUGAUCGCUAUAUCAUUGCAAGGCAUGAGAACUUCACCAACUGGAACCUGACGGUCAAAAAGGUUCAUGAGAUGAACGUACUGACGCCCUUUCCUUCAACUCUCCCGGCAGCCGCAUCUCUGAAAGCUUCCACUCUUGUGAAGCGCAUCAUGAAGGACCCCGCAGUUAUACUCACCUCCACAGGAGGAAUGCGGGAGGAGUGGGUGUAUGUGCAAACCAUAUGUGAGAAGGCGCAGGGUAACCGUUUCGAACAAGCAGCGGCUCAUGUUGCAUCUACCAGGCACAAGGGAGGACUACAUACAGAAGGCGCAGCAACUCGUGCCAGCAAGCACUCUCAGAAGAUGGCUGCCUUCAAAAAGGAUUUCAUUGUCAAACCGGCAGUGAAGUAA